UUAUAAAGCUUUUGGCGAAUGCUGAAGACACACCUUUUUACUAUGGCUUUUUACCCACCUUAGUUUUGUGGUGAGGAAAGAACAAGGAGUAACAGUUUUAAAUGGAGGCGACUCAGGAAGGAACUACAUGUUACAGGUCAUACAAGGCUGUCACUGGAAACAGAAACCUCCAGUUGAUUUCUUUCCUAAUGCAAAGCAACACUUACUCACAUGACAUCACAGUAUUGAAUGUGCUACCACCCACAGCACAACACUGACUGCAGCUGAAAAGAAUGGAGAAAUGCAAAAGAAAUGCAACCCAGGUGGCAUACCUGGCUGUGGCAGAGAUGAAUGAAAGCAUUGCCUUGAAUGAAACCAGGAGCCCUGUGCCCUGGAUCCAAGCCAGCAACCAGAAUUAUUCUCUGGAGCUCUCCUCCAAGCUCCCCAUCUUUAUCAUCAACCCUUGGGAUAUUAUGCUCUGCAUUUCUGGGACCAUCAUUGCCUGUGAAAAUGCGAUCGUUGUGGCCAUUAUAUUCUACACUCCCAACCUGAGAACCCCAAUGUUUGUGCUUAUUGGGAGCUUGGCCACAGCAGACCUACUGGCUGGAGUUGGCCUAAUCCUCAAUUUUGUUUUCCAGUAUGUGAUCCAGUCAGAAACCAUCAGCCUUAUUACAGUUGGCUUCCUAGUUGCCUCUUUUACUGCCUCUGUGAGUAGCUUAUUAGCCAUCACAGUUGAUCGCUACCUUUCCCUGUACAACGCAUUGACUUACUACUCUGAGAAGACUGCUCUCUGUAUUCAUAUGAUGCUGAUCAUCACAUGGGGGGUUUCCCUCUGCUUAGGACUGCUACCUGUCUUGGGCUGGAAUUGCCUAGAAGAUUAUUCAUCGUGCAGUAUUGUGAGACCCUUGACCAAAAGUAAUGUGACCUUGCUGUCUGCCUCCUUCUUUGUCAUCUUUAUUCUCAUGCUGCACCUGUACAUUAAAAUCUGCAAAAUAGUUUGCAGGCAUGCACACCAGAUAGCACUCCAGCAACAUUUUCUGACUGCAUCUCACUAUGUUGCAACCAAAAAGGGAGUCUCAACACUUGCUAUAAUCCUUGGGACUUUUGGAGCCAGUUGGUUACCUUUUGCUAUCUACUGCGUAGUUGGAGAUUCCCGCUACCCUGCUGUGUACACUUAUGCCACACUUCUACCCGCUACCUACAAUUCCAUGAUCAAUCCUAUCAUUUAUGCCUACAGAAACCAAGAAAUUCAGAGGUCGAUGUGGGUUCUGUUUUGUGGCUGCUUUCAAUCAAAAGUGUCCUUCCGUUCAAGAUCCCCCAGUGAUGUCUAAGUGACUUCUUUCUCUGUGUAGUUUUGCACAAAGUGACAAUAUUUGACUUUUGUGAAUUACAGUGCCUGGUAUGAACCAGAUACAUGUUGUGGAAUUGUUUUUUGGGGGGAGAUGUUUAAACAGUAGCACUUUAUGUGUGUGUAUUCUUGAGAAUGUGAAAAGUCUGAAGCUUUUGGUUGUGUGUGUGUGGGGGGGGGGGACCACAGUGUGGUUGUAUACAAGAUUGUGCAUCACAUUUGUAAAGUGGAGGCAUUCCAAGACUACAUAAUUAUAGCACUUUAUUUUUAGCUGCUGAACUGCCAAAACAGUAUUGCCAUUUUUAAAGGGCAAAGAGAAAGAGAGAGAAAGAAGUAAAAUAUUGUCUGAUUAUUUGGGGAUGUGAAUGAUAAUAUAUUUUGCUGCACAGUAUUGACAAAUUAUGACAUUUUGUACACAAAUAAAAAAAUUCAUUACAUAUUUUUA